AUGCAGGAGGAGAUGAUGUUAAAUAACACGUCAACGGUUUUAUCACAUGACCGUUAUUCUCGCUUCGGUGAGUCAUUUGCGGAUGUGGGUGUUUGCCGGAGUACAGGGAUUCGUAUUCAGCUUUGCUACCAAACAUUCGGGCGACGAGACGCCGUGGGUGGGGUGGUUCUUCUUAUCAUGGGAAUUGCUUCUCCCUUACUGCUGUGGGAUACGAAGUUCUGUGAAUGCUUGGCGUCACGUGGGUACUACGUGAUUCGCUUUGAUAACCGUGAUACAGGGCGGAGUACAUUUCUUACGGGUCGAAGGGUGCUUCCGGCAAAACUGUCUACUACUUUUGUGGAGGAUGAAAUGGAGGUGUGGGAUACUCAUUAUGAUGCAGCAUCAUCCCAAUGUGGGCUGGGCUCGUUAGUUGACAGUGCGCUGCUGUAUCCGCGGUUAGCCUUCGCAAGUUUGGUGCCAGGGCGUCAUAACCUCCUACGUGGAGUGUACACACUGGAAGACAUGGCAAGGGAUAGUGUUGGUUUACUAGAUGCCUUGCAUAUCAGUAAGACACAUAUUGUAGGUAUGUGCAUGGGUGGUAUGAUUGCGCAGGUUAUGGCCGUGUACCACCCGACACGUGUUGAGUCGCUCUCACUGAUAUCCACACACAGUGGAUCUCCGCAGGCGAGGUGGCCCGCUCUGCGCGAGGCAUUGGCAUUGGCCUCCUUUAUCACAUAUGCUACACGUAAGGGCUUCGCGGUGCCGCUGUCGCUUCGAGGGAAAAAUGGCCGUAGCAUGCCUUCUCCUAAGGAGAUAGAGGAAUUGGCUCACGCGUUAGUAAAUCUUAUUGAACGUUUUGCGUCGGGAUCUGGGGCAUCCUUUCCCAUUGAUCGAGCGGCAUGCUUAAUUCAGAUGCGACGCAUGCUCCGACGGAGUUCAGAUUUUAGUGGUGCCUUGCGGCAGUAUGUUGCAUUGUUGAACGCACAGGAUCGCCUGGAGGGGUUACGACACGUUUGUGUGCCCACAGUUAUUCUGCAUGGCACUGCCGACCCCAUUGUGCCGUACUUUAAUGGGGAGGAGCUCGCCGCCUUGAUUCCACACGCGAAGCUCGUGAGCGUUACAGGGUUGGGCCAUGUUUUGCACCCCGCACUGCGUGGCAGAAUUGUUGAUGCAUUAACAACCAAUAUGCGACAGUCAAGACGUGGGGAGCAGGAUCCGGUCACGGCCUCCAAGCUCUGA